UCUGAGCGCUGGACGAGACGUCAGUUAUACCUUGGUGGGCAAACUGUCCACCGUCAAUGUGCUCCGAAUGCAUGGAACGGAUUUGUUCGUCAGCAGCUGAACAACAUUAACGAGGGCCUUUCAUGCGGUGACCGCUGGAAAUUGAUGGAGUUCAUGGAAGCUCACAAGGAGACUCUCAAACAUGAUUAUUCAAGGCUCACUGCCACUCAAAAAAAUUCGCUCGAAAUCCAGGUCAUGAAGAGGCGCAUCAAAAAGCAAAAGCUCAUCCACGACAACCCAAAGGCCGUGCAGCGUGACAUGCUUGCAUCCUUUGCUGCAAUGGAUCAGGAGCUUUUGUUGUCUCGGGGCUUGGUGAGCUUUUAUUUUGAUUUAUUUGAACCAACCUUUCUAAUGUUAUUAUUGAUAGAUGCCAAUGUUCCGACCACCCGCAACCAACCUCGUUCUCUCAACAAGUUGAUCAGUGAGUGCAGGACCCAUAUACAAGACGAGUUAGACUACAUCUUGCGCGAGAAAAAAAUUGCCGACCACAGGGUUAAGAUGAACUAUACUAACUAUGAGCGUGCCAUUGUCGAACGCUACGGUAUUACAUUAGAGGGU